AGUCGUAACUCAUAAGACUAGUGAAGCUUACAACAGUUGCACUCUUAUCCGAAGAAGCAAUUUAAGGAGGCAAAAAAGGAAAGGAAGCAGCAUCUAAAAUAUGGCUGAGAACGAAGCAGAUAGUGCUGCAAUUGAUAUAGAAGGUUUGGUGGUACAUUCCAUAGAAGCUCGGAUGUCCCAAGAUCGAUUCAUGUCACCUAAUUGUUGCAUCUUCAAAACCCCAACCAUACUCCGAGAGCUUAAUAAAAAGGCUUAUGUGCCUGAUGCAUUUUCUAUUGGGCCUUUCCAUCAUGGCCGUCCAGAGUUCGAAGACACGGAAAAAAUUAAAAGUAAGUAUUUGCAAGGUCUUAUUUCUCGAUCACGCUCUAAGGAAACAAUAUUGAGGGAUUUAAUCAAUUCAGUCAAGCAUGUGGAGAGGGAGGCCCGUGAGUGUUAUGCUGGGUCAAUUGGUUACAGCUCAGAUGAAUUUGUAAAAAUUUUGGUGAUUGAUGGCUGCUUCAUUAUUGAACUAUUACGCAAGAUGGCUGAUGCGGAGCUUAUAGAAGUAGAUGACCCGGUUUUUGCCAUGGCUUGUAUGAUGCAGUUUCUAUUCCAUGACUUGAUAUUGCUGGAAAACCAAGUACCUUGGAUGGUACUGGAGCGUUUGUUCGACAUGACCGUGGAUCAUAGUCAUCCUAGAGACAAUAUAUCCCUUAUUGAACUGGGCAAAUUAUUUCUUCACAACAAUUUCUUUAAAGGGCGGCUUUUUGAUUACCUUCUUAUUCAAGACACGAAGCAUAUCGUUGACUUGUGUAGAAAAAUGUCGGUUUCAUCAUUUGCGGGGGAGGAAGACCAAUUAGGUUCAGAUUGGACUCUCCUGCCUUCUGCUACGAGCCUCGUAGAGGCUGGAGUGAAAAUCGAAGAGGGUGAGUCUGGAAGUAUCUUGGACAUAAAAUUUGAUAAUGGCGUCCUGAAAAUCCCUUCAUUACGCAUUGAAGAGACAACAGAAACCUUAUUUCGGAAUAUCAUCAGCUUUGAACAAUGCUACCCAAAUUGUGAACCUAGGUUCACUUCCUAUGCUAUGCUCCUAGACAACCUCCUUAACACUGCCAAGGACGUGGACAUAUUCAGCGAGAAUAAGAUCAUUAAGAAUUGGUUGAAUCCAGAAGAUGCGAUCCCGUUCUUCAACAAGCUGUACUACAAUACUUGUGUCAAUAACUUUUAUUACCAUAGCCUUUGCAAGGAAGUGAAUGAAUAUUGCAAUCGCAGGUGGCCUAGAUGGCGUGCUGUGCUCGUGCGCAAUUAUUUCAACACUCCAUGGGCUAUUCUGUCAACAGCGGCAGCUGUCAUCCUACUUAUCCUCACCUUCGUACAAACUUGGUUCGCCAUCUUUAAGAAAUAAGAGUAUGGAAAAGUGAACUUUCCUGUAUUAUUGUAUGGUAGCGUAUAUUCGCGGGAUAUUUUAUUUAAUUUGCCUAUUCCUGUU